AUGCCGCCAGGUACACCUCUACACCUGUACACCCAUUACGCCCACGCCCACGCCCACGCCCAUGGCGAAUAUCUGCCAUUUCUCUCUUCACGCCCAGAACAAUCACCAUCACCGGAGCUCACGCCCAGAACAAUCACCAUCACCGGAGCUCACGCCCAGAACAAUCACCAUCACCGGAACUCACGCCCAGAACAAUCACCAUCACCGGAGCUCACGCCUAGAACAAUCACCAUCACCGGAGCUCACGCCCAGAACAAUCACCAUCACCGGAGCUCACGCCCAGAACAAUCACCAUCACCGGAGCUCACGCCCAGAACAAUCACCAUCACCGGAGCUCACGCCCAGAACAAUCACCAUCACCGGAGCUCACGCCCAGAACAAUCACCAUCACCGGAACUACAGCAAUGA